AUGGCUCCUAUCCUGGAAUUCAAAUCCGCUUUGGAGGCUUCCUCGUAUCAAAGCCCCGAUGGUGGACCUGCUUACUCCCUUCUUCGUAAGAAGGCAGUAGAUAUGGCCAUCGCUAUGGGUUAUGAUUCCAGUACUAUGGUAGAAUGUGGUGUGAAUUGGUCCGAUGACCACGAUUCGUUCAAAUAUGUCAAAAACCAUGCAUAUCCGCAUUAUGUCAACCAAUGCAACUUUCGGGUAUUCCAGUCGUUCGAAGCACAACUAGGUAAAAGAUUCCAGGAUCUUUUAGAUACUCAACACAUCGGUGUUAUGGUGAAGACAUACACGAUUGAUCUCAAGAGAGUUGUGAAAUUUCCAGACUCGCUUAUUGUUGCAUACCAUAUUACUGAGGUUUUACCCGAUCGUUAUUUUGGGGUGAUAUCUAUAUGGUCACUUUGGCAACAGGCUAUUGUGGCUGACUGCAGAGGUUAUGUGGUGUUUUUUUAUUACGAUCGAGGAGUGCCGGCAAAUUUGGUCGAGGCCGGUGGCGUGUAUAAGGAUUUGUACGACGCGUUAGUUGAGCGAAAGGAAAAGGAAAUAGCCAUUGCAGCGAAAUGGGAGGAAGAGCACCCCAAGAAGUCAAGGCAGCUCUUUAAACCUCGCUCUUCAUUGCUUUGUUGUAGUCAAAAUCAACCCAACAGGACUUUUGAAUAUUUCCCACUCCAAACACCCGCAGUCUAUUGUCUUCUACACACAAGAAUUCCAGAACAGCACCUUAAAUGGGAAGUUGCCUUGAUAAUGUGUAGACCACUCGAAAAUUGA